AUGGUCACCUCAUCAUCGGGCACAUUCUCCCCUCCACCCAUCGAUCCUCCAUUCGAUUCUCCAUCAAAUCGUCUCUCAACACUACCAGAUAUCGACGGAAUCCUGCGAAAACAAUCACUCGAGAAAACGUCCACUCCACGUCUUCUACACUCAAUGAUGACGUCAUCUGCAACGUCUUCUGCUCAGAAUGAUGUUUUGGAGCACGCGUUGACGGAAGCGUCGUCAGAAAACGCGCUCCUCCGACAACAAGUCGUCGAUUUGAAUUCGGCUGUUGAAUCCAUGAAAUCAGAAUAUGAAUCAGAGAUUUUGAAGUAUACAAAGGAGGCGAAAACUGCUGGAUUGAAGGCGAAAGUCGCGGCGACGGCAAGAAUUAAAGAAUUGGAGACGACACUUGAGCACAUUAAUGGGAAAAGUCAGGAAGAGACAGAACGUCUCCAGGAGGAAGUCGACACUCUCCGCUCAUCCCGUAACUGGGAAAUCGAACAAAACGGUCUAUUGAGGGAUCAAGUUGCCCAUUUGAAGGAGAAAACGUUCAAAUUGACAGAAGAAUUGGAUGAAUCCGAAAAAACGCGACGUCAGCUGGAUUCAGAAGUGGAAGAAUCGAAGAAAUUAAUGGAAUUGAUGGUUGAAGAUUUGGGACAGGGCGGAACAUCUCAUCAACUAUCAUAUUCAUCAGAAAGAAGCGAUAUUUGA